GGCUAUAAAUGCUGUGAUGGUUUAACAUUUCUGCUUUUUCGAGGUUAUGUAAUGUCAUAUGUUCCUGGAUCACGAGCCACUCGGGCUAAUAAUGUAAAAUGGUGGCCAUAGAUAUGAUCUAGCUGAAAAUCAAGUAUUAAAGUCCUUAGUUUCAUGAAUCUAUGUAUACUGUGUUGUUGUAUGAAAACUACUGAUAAGCUUCUCUGUUUCAUUAAAAUUUACCAAUUGUCAUACUUCGAGCAAAAUGUAAUCAUGAAUUAUUAACCCUUUCAUCUUAACCGUAGUGUACUGGCAUCAAGAAAGUGACCACUUAUGGACUAAUCGCAAGUGAAAACAGAAGAGUCGAUGUCUUCAAAGUGAGAGACUUUUCACAUGUCUAUAUAGCAACAGAUAAGAUCAGUAGUCUUGCUCGGAUUGUAGCAUCAGCUAUGACUACAAGCAGUGUAAAGCUUUAUGGAGGGCAGCAUAGCCCAUAUGUCAACAGGGUUGUGAUGGCGCUCGAGGUUAAAUCUGUCGAUUAUGAGUUAGUAGAAAUGAAUCCAUUUGAAAAACCUGAGCUUCUCAUCAAAAUCAACCCCAUUCACAAGAAAAUCCCAGUUCUUGUCCAUGGUGAUAGGCCUAUCUGUGAGUCUCUUAUCAUAGUUCAGUAUAUUGAUGAUGCAUGGACUAAUGGCCCUUCAAUCCUUCCCACUGAUCCGUAUGACCGCGCCACAGCUCAAUUCUGGGCUGCUUUUGUUGAUGAUGAGUUUGUUCCAUUACUCAGGAAAAUGAGGGAGACCGAAGGGGAGGAGGCGAAAAUGCUGGUUUUCGAGGAAGUGCUUGAAGCAUGUGUGUUGUUUGAGGAUGCAUUCAUCACCUGCAGCAAAGGCAAAGCUUUUUUUGGUGGAGAGAAUGUUGGUUACCUUGAUAUAGCUCUAGGGUGUUUUGUUGGACAUCUAAGGUUGAAUGAGAUGAUGAAUCCGACUUACAAAAUCCUUGAUGAAACCAAAACUCCUUGUCUGGCUGGAUGGGCAGAGAGACUUUACUCAGACAGUCUUGUUAAGGAUGUUAUGCCGGACCUCCAGAAGCUUCAAGAACUUCUCAAAAAGUAUCAGGCAGUGUCAAAAACUGUUUCUGAUUGAAUGAUUGAAUUCAUUGUUCUGUUUUGUGUUCA